AUUAUACACUCAAAGAGCUCGGAAUUAUUAUCUCAGGCUCAAGCCACACGAACAAUAUUUUACACGCAAACAUAUUAAAACAUUUAAGGAUACUUUAAAAUGGCGCAGCGAGCACAGAGGUAUAUAUUCUUGGCCGGAUCCUUGGUCCGGCGUUUCCAUGCGGCUCGAUAUCCGCGCAGCAGCAAGGUGGCGGUGUCCAAUUUCGAAGCAGAUCACUUUUUGCCUUACAAGAAGAUGCAGGAGACCUUGGAAAGUGUGGCUGGUCGCCUAAACCGACCCUUGACGCUGUCGGAGAAAAUCCUUUACUCUCAUUUGGAUGAGCCGAAGGAGCAGGAAAUCGAACGUGGCAAAUCCUAUCUGAAGCUGCUCCCGGAUCGAGUGGCCUUGCAGGACGCCACCGCCCAGAUGGCCCUCCUCCAGUUCAUCUCCUCGGGUCUAAAGAAAGUGGCCGUUCCCUCAACCGUUCACUGCGAUCAUUUAAUCGAGGCCCAGGUGAGCGGCGAUAAGGAUUUGGCCCGAGCGAAGGAUCUCAACAAGGAGGUCUACGACUUCCUGUCCUCCACUUGCGCAAAGUAUGGUCUGGGCUUCUGGAAACCCGGCAGCGGUAUAAUCCAUCAGAUUAUCCUGGAGAACUACGCCUAUCCGGGCUUGCUGAUGAUCGGAACGGACUCCCACACCCCGAAUGGCGGCGGCUUGGGGUGUCUGUGCAUUGGAGUCGGUGGUGCCGAUGCCGUCGAUGUAAUGGCCAGCAUUCCCUGGGAGCUCAAGUGCCCGACUGUGAUUGGCGUUAAUCUCACAGGCAAGAUUAGUGGCUGGACUUCGCCCAAGGACGUUAUACUAAAACUAGCAGAGAUUCUGACGGUCAAGGGAGGAACGGGAGCUAUUGUGGAAUACCAUGGACCAGGCGUGGACUCCAUUUCCUGCACCGGCAUGGCCACCAUAUGCAACAUGGGUGCGGAGAUCGGAGCUACCACGUCGUUGUUCCCUUUCAACGAACGCAUGAUCACCUACUUGUGCGCCACCGGCAGGGGCCAGAUCGCUGAUGAGGCCGAGAAAUUCAAAAAGCUUUUCACUGCCGACGAGGGCUGCAAGUACGAUCAGGUCAUCGAGAUCAACUUGGAUACACUGGAGCCCCUGGUAAAUGGUCCAUUCACGCCCGAUUUGGCCCAUCCCAUCAGCAAGCUAGGCGAAGAUUCCGAGAAAAAUAAGUAUCCUAUGGACAUCAAGGUGGCUCUCAUCGGCUCCUGCACGAAUUCCUCCUACGAGGACAUGGGUCGCUGUGCCAGCAUUGCCAGCGAUGCUCUAAGCCAUGGCCUCAAGUCCUGCGUACCCUUUAAUGUCACACCCGGAUCCGAGCAGAUUAGGGCCACCAUUGCAAGGGAUGGCAUCAUCGAAGUUUUGGAAAAAUUCGGAGGAACGGUUCUGGCCAAUGCUUGCGGACCCUGCAUCGGACAAUGGGACCGCAAGGAUGUCAAAAUGGGGGAAAAGAACACGAUUGUGACGUCGUAUAAUCGCAACUUCACCGGCCGAAAUGAUGCGAAUCCUGCCACACACUGUUUUGUUACCAGUCCGGAAAUGGUUACAGCCUUGGCCAUCGCCGGACGCCUUGAUUUCAACCCCAUAAGUGACCUACUCGAGGGAAAAGAUGGCAAAACUUUUAAAUUGAAACCGCCCAUGGGCGAUGAGCUGCCAGCCAAGGGCUUUGAUCCUGGAGAGGACACCUACCAGGCUCCGCCGGAGAACGCUGAUAGUGUCAAGGUCAAUGUGGAUCCCAAGUCGGAGCGUCUGCAGAUACUGGAACUAUUCGAGAAAUGGGACGGGAAGGAUUACAUUGAUAUUGCGGUUCUAAUCAAGAUCAAGGGAAAGUGCACUACGGAUCAUAUAAGUGCCGCCGGUCCCUGGCUCAAGUAUCGAGGUCAUUUGGACAAUAUAUCGAAUAAUUUGUUUAUCGGAGCCACCAAUUCCGAAAAUAAUGAGAUGAACAAAGUCAAGAACCAGAAAACCGGUCAAUUCGAUGCCGUUCCCGCAGUAGCACGUGAUUACAAGGCUAACAAAAUCAAGUGGUGUGCCGUGGGCGAGGACAACUAUGGCGAGGGUUCCUCCCGGGAGCACGCUGCUCUGGAGCCACGACAUUUGGGUGGCGUAGCCAUCAUCGUCAAGUCCUUCGCACGCAUUCACGAAACGAACCUCAAGAAACAGGGCAUGCUAGCCCUGACAUUCGCCAAUCCGGGUGAUUAUGAUAAGAUUCAGCCCUCGAGCAAGUUAUCGCUGCUCAACUUGAAGGAUCUUGCACCCGGAAAACCUGUGGAUUGUGAGAUCAAGAACAACGGUAGCUCUGAAAAAAUCCAACUAAACCACUCCUUCAAUGAAGGGCAGAUUCUUUGGUUUAGGGCCGGCAGCGCCUUGAAUCUCAUGAAGGAGCAGGCGGCCGGCGGGGGCGGUGAUAAGAGAUAACAAAUUUUAGCCAGUAUCGACAUAUAAUAGAAUGUUUAAAAUAAUU